GUGGCAGUAGUGCGCCGCUCUUUAGCAAUCACGUCACAUUAGGAAUACCCAGUAAACACAGCAGCAACAUCAGGACGAAUAUUAAGCUAGUAAAGCAGGAGUUGGACAGAAAGGAGUAGCUUCCCUCCAGUAGUGAUGUGUUUCUCUCAUCCCGGUUAGUAGCAGAGGUUUAUACGUAAACCUCUCCCUCCCUGUCCUCGAAGACCUCCACCGACCUACCACCACCUCCUUCCUCCUCCUUUGGCUCCUCUUCCUCCCUCCAUCCAUCCCUGUGAUGCCUCCCUCGUGCUCUGGCUGUCUGUCACAAUACACCCAUCAUCAUCUGGUGGUUUUUCUCCUCACCUUCUUUAGCUAUGUGCUGCUGCAUGCAUCCAGGAAGACGUUCAGCAACGUGAAAGUCAGCAUCUCGGCCCAGUGGACGCCGUCCGCCCAGAACCAAAGCGCUGCUGCCUUCUCUCCAGGCGAGACAUGGGAGGACAAUCAUCUCUUUGCUGAUGAGAAGCAGGCAACGUUGUUUCUGGGAGCUCUGGAUUCCAUUUUCCUCUUCUCAUACGCUGUGGGUCUGUAUCUGAGCGGCGUGAUCGGGGACAGAGUCAACCUGCGCUACGUGCUCUGCUUCGGCCUGUGCGGGUCUGCCAUAGUGGAAUUUGUUUUUGGCACCCUGACCGAAUGGCUCCACAUCUACAACGUCUACCUGUACUGCGGCCUGUGGGUGCUGAACGGCCUGCUGCAGUCGGCGGUUUGGCCCUGCGUGGUGGCCGUCAUGGGCAACUGGUUCGGCAAAACGGGGCGUGGAUUCGUGUUCGGUCUGUGGAGCGCUUGUGCGUCUGUAGGCAACAUACUGGGCGCCUUCCUGGCCUCAAGUGUGCUGAAAUAUGGAUAUGAGUACGCCUUUCUGGUGACGUCUGUGGUGCAGUUUGCUGGCGGGGUGGUGGUGUUCUUUGGCCUCCUGACCUCACCGAAAGAAAUCGGUUUGCACUUUGAGUUAGAAACCGGAGUCGGUGCGGUGGAGACGGACGCGGACAGCCACCGACCGCUGAUGAGUGACGAAGAGGAGGAGGAGACGUACAGCCAACAGCGCCGCUCAGUUCAGACCCCAGACGAGCCAAUGGAGGAGCCUCCCAGAGCCAUCGGCUUCCUCCAGGCUUUCUGCCUGCCUGGAGUUCUGCUUUACUCCCUGGCGUACGCCUGCCUGAAGCUGGUCAACUACUCCUUCUUCUUCUGGCUGCCCUUCUACCUGAGCAACAACUACGGCUGGAAGGAGGCGCAGGCCGACCGGCUGUCUGUCUGGUACGAUGUCGGAGGAAUCGUCGGGGGAACCCUUCAAGGUCUGAUCUCUGACCUCAUGGGGAAGAGGGCUCCAGUGUUGGUUUUCAGCCUCGCCAUGGCGAUGGGCGCCCUGGUGGGAUACAGCCGCUCCCCUGAUGACAAGGUGAUUAACGCAGCGAUCCUCGCCGCCACUGGCUUCUUCAUCGGCGGCCCGUCCAAUAUGAUCAGCUCGGCCAUUUCUGCUGAUCUGGGGAGGCAGGAUGUCCUGAGGGGAAGUCAGGAAGCUCUGGCUACUGUCACUGGGAUAGUGGAUGGAACCGGGAGCAUCGGAGCCGCUGUAGGACAGUAUCUGGUGUCGCUGAUUGAGAGCCGGCUGGGCUGGAUGAGUGUUUUCUACUUCUUUAUCGUCAUGACGGGGGGAAGUAUCGUCUUCAUCUCGCCGCUGCUGGUGAAGGAACUUCGAGACAUGUGGAGGAACAGGCAAGCUCUGCGGCACCAGCUCUAAGAGCCCGACCGCCUUAUCAAGGACACCUCAGCGCGUUUGUUCCGGUUCUGAUCAGUAGGUUCAGUUUGUCCAACUAGAGAACUUAAAAAGGUGCCUGCCUCCAGCCAUACUAGUGUCUGACUUUUAACUUUAUUAUUUGAUGUAAAUACUUUCUUUUAAUGCACUUAAGUUGAGAUUCGAGUCUUAAAUCAGAAACACGAGAGCUGUGAAGGUUGCGAAUAAUGAUUUUUAGCUUUGUAAAGUUGCACUAGAGAUCUGAACGAACCACUUUAAUCUCAGUUGCCUCAUCUGUUUUAUCUUUACAGUCGAGAUGGAAAACUGACCUGUAAACUUUUAUUUUCACUUUCUUUUUAGCAGAAUUUCUCAAUUAUUAGUUUCUGUCGCCCUACAUAGUGAUCACAACUCUCGUAAAGAUCAGUAAUCAUAAAAACGUUAGAAAAAACGCCAUCUUCUUACUGUGUUUACAGAUUAACACCUGGAUUUGAUUCUGUAGCCUGCUUUUAGGGAGGGCUGAAUGUGUUUUUACUUCAAGGUUCCUUAAAAUAAAAUCUAAAUAUUAGUAUAAACUAGAUAAAAAGAGAAUAAUGUUCUUUUAUCUUUGAUUUCGGAGCUAGGAUAUUUUCUCUUUGAUGUAACAUUUCAAAACUUGACAAGCUGUGCCAUAAAGAUGCCUCACUUUGUGCUUAAUAAUCAAUCAUUAAACCGAUUGAGUUUUUUUGUACAAAGAAUUCAUCUAAGGCUGAAAACUAAAGAUAAAAAAAACUUCUUUCUAUCCACAAGAUAAAAAUGUCAUUUUCUAAUUAAAGGCUAAAUCCUCUCAUUAAAGAAUCCCUUGUUAAAUGUAUAUUUUAGCUCAACAAAAUAGUUUGUGUAGAGCUGCAAAACCACCUUAACCCCUGCAAAAGAUGUUUUUCAGAAAAAGUUUUUUUUUUUUUUUUUUUUUUUUUUGAUUUUAAGGAAAUAAAAUGUUUAGAUUUAAGUAAGAAUUUCUAUAAAUACAGCUGCCUGGAAGAGGUUUUAUUUACAUAAUUAACUGGUUAUGAAAGAACAGAGCUUCAGGUUGCAGACCUGCUGCUAUAAAGCAUUUACCGGUAAAUUAAACUUUUUAUUUAAUUUGUGAUAUUUUCAGAAUGUAAAUAAUUACUUUAAAGUUUUUUUUUCUGUUUUUAUCAGGGGUGUAAAUUACAGAAGAGGAUUAGGGCCACUGGAAAAAAAAA